AGUGCGACAGAGCCAAGAACACGGAAGUGACCGUGUGGCCGGAGGCUCGCUGCGCUGUUUCCUGAUUAUUGGAGCUUUGUAUUGAUUGUUGAUGAUGACUGGGGGCGCGACCCUGAUCCCGCUGAAGCUGCUCGCGCUCGGGCUCGUGCUGGCUUCGGGUCUGGCUACGGACUGCAGUUGGGACCGGUCCACCGACCCCAACCAGGUCCCGGAUUUCGAGGCUGGCGGAGCGCGGCUGCUGGAAAAUGUGAUGGAGCUCGAUCCCAAGAGCUGCCGGGCGAUGUGCUGCGCGCUCCCGGACUGCGACCUGGCUGUGAUCGGGUUUCCGGCGGACGGACCGACCCACUGCAAGCUGGUGGGCUGUGGGGACGGCCACGACGCCUGCGCACUUCGUCCCAGUAGCCAGUUUGAGGUUUACCGUAAGUUCGUGGCCGAAAAGGCCGACGGAGAGGCGCGGGAGGGCGGCCAGGAGGAGAACAACGUGCCGCAGGUGCAGCGCUGGGAGCCGCGGAGCAACGAGUCUAACAACAUUCGCUGUCGCUUGCCGAUGAAGGUGGGCCCGUGUCGCGCUGCCUUCCCACGCUUCUUCUACAACGUGACGAGCGGGAACUGCAGCGGCUUCGUGUACGGCGGCUGCGAGGCCAACGGAAACCACUUUGAGUCUCAGGAGGAGUGUGAGGCCACCUGCUCCGGGGUCACAGGCCAAGUUCUCCCUGAUGAGUCCACUCCGGCUCCUCCUGCUAAAGCUCCUCGGAACGCUCCAGAUGUUGUGUUUGAAUCUGAUCCAGAAUCUGCUGACUUUGACAAAUCUGAGGUAACUGCCGAGGGGAAUGAGCACUGCGAGGCGAAGCCUGAAACAGGUCCCUGCAGAGCAUCGCUGAGGCACUGGUACUACAACCGAGAGACGGGAAACUGUGAGGUGUUCGUGUACGGAGGCUGCGGAGGAAACAAGAACAACUACCCAACCGAAGAGAGCUGCAUGCAGACCUGCACAGUGUCCGUCCUUCCAUCCUCUAAGAAAUCCGCAGCUGAGGAGUCCUCAGACAACAAGGGGACGUGCACAGAGAAGCCGGAGCCCGGGCCCUGCCGUGCCGCCUUCGCCAUGUUCUACUACGAUCUCGACACCGCCUCCUGCCGGCCCUUCAUAUAUGGCGGUUGCCGUGGCAAUAACAACCGGUAUGGCAGCGAGGAUGAGUGCAUGAGUAGCUGCAGUGGAGGUCGGCGUGACUUUCAUGAUAAAAACCAUCAAGUCCAAAACCACUGGACCGCAGCCUUCUUCCUCUUCGUCACGCUGACAGCCAUCUCUGCCCUGCUGCUGGCCACACUCAUCAUCAUCACGCUGAGACGGCACCGCCUCUCCCGCCGCCGGUCCUUCAGCGAUAAGGAGGAGCUGCUUCCAGAUGACCAGGCGUCCGUAGACUCCCUCCCCCUCCCUGAGAGCCCCAAACUGGAUCAGAAGGCCUGAGGGGGCGUGGCUGAAGGCGUCGCUGAGUGUGGGGGCAGGGCUUGUUGUGAUGCUGCUGUCAGAGACGCUCAGCUAAAUAAAACAUCCCCUUUCCUUCGUGUUGCAGCACAAUUACACUGCGUCUGUUACUGAGUAAUCAAUCACUGUAUCGAUCUGCACUGAUCACAGCUUUAACUUCCUGAUAUUAAAGGAGCAGUUUUCUAAUUUAACCAAACACAUUAGUGAGAAAUUUGAUGAAGAGCUUUAGUUUGUUUUCUUUUUUUACAUAAUCAAUCACUGUGUGAAGCUUCAGAUUACCCUCAUCCAGCAAAACAUCUGAACCAAUAAUCAAAGUGAAUCUGUCGGGUCAGCUGAUCUGUACCUCACAGCUGAUCAAACAGUUUUCUAAUUUGAACAUGAAAUUGAUCAGAAAUGUUGUAGAAGGCAAUAAUGACUGAUCAUAACUCAAUAUUGACAAUUAACAGAGCAUCACCUCGGUGCAGUGACACACCUGACAGGUGCUGAGGAGUCACUUUAAAAGAACAUUUGGUGAUGAUGUGAUCACAGCAGCAAGCAGCUGAUUGGACCAUCCGUGCUCUGGUGUGUACUAACCCCCUCACACAUGCUCCUCCCAGCUCACACAGGUACCAUCCAAUGGAGCUGAAUCUGAUUCUCAGACUGAAGUUCUGUCACUCAGGUGUGCAUCGUGUGGGCGGAGUCAGUUUGAGCUUCUAUGUGGAGGGAGUAGUACACAGCAGUGACACAGCAGCCCUUUAACCUCGUGCACCUGUGCCAGGUGUGUUACUCUGUGUCAACAUAGAUGUUUGUUGAUCAUGAGCCGUGAUGUCAUCGAUUCCAUUGAUCAGUAAUAGUUUUUUCCAGCAUUCCAGUUUUGUGUUAACAAUAAAAUUGUUUCUCAUGCUUAAAUAAAUGGAGGGGGGUCUUUGAUCAUCUCAGGGUCUGUGGCGGUACUAUUUUCUAACUAAUUACAGCAUAUCCUUUCGCCCAGCGGUGGGCUCAGAGAAGAAUGUGGUGCAGGUGUUUCUGCACCUGCAGCUCCUUCCUGGUUCACACCUGUAACUAAAGCGUGUGAGAUCAGCUCAGGGGUGUUUAAUCAGAGCUUUCAGUGCAGCGUCGCCUUCGGCUGGAUGCUAGAGGACUUUAGCUCACUCAGAUUAUUGAUCAGAUCCUAACCUGAGGUCAAACUGAGCGCACUACGUGUCCCACAAUGCACCUUGGGACUUGAUGGCUCCCCCUGCUGGGGAAGCUGCACUGGGCCUAUUAAGGUGAUUGUUUGUUUGUUUGUUUUAACACUGUUUUAUCUUUAUUAGCUGUAAACUGUGUGGGGUUUAAGAAAACUCAUAAUAAACUUUUAUUUUACUCUGAAAAUCUCUUUCACAUUUUGUAUUGAUCCUCAAUGUAAUAAAUAAUCUGAUUAUUUCA